AAGUGCAAGGGCUCUUCAGAAACGAUUGUAUAUUGUACCAAAAAAACAUAACAAAGCGUAAGAGCUGAAAAUGGUUGAAUCAAAGAUUCUUUCCAGAAAGAUGAUCAAGCCCUUCUCCCCCACCCCAUCUUCCCUUAGUCGUCACAAUCUUUCUUUCAUUGAUCAGAUAGCCACUUGUGCAUACUCUCCAGUUGUCGCCUUCUACUCCAAACCUACAAAUAACACAAGCCAGAUUCUUGAAAACUCCCUUUCAAAAGUAUUGUCCACUUAUUAUCCCUUUGCGGGAAGAAUGAUGGAUAAUUAUGAAUAUGUUGAUUGCAAUGACACAGGUGCUGAGCUUCUCAAUGUCCGAAUCAGUUGUCCGAUGUCUGAAAUUCUCAACCACACCUACAAUGAUGUUAGUGAUGUUGUCUUCCCACAAGAUUUGCCUUGGAGUAGUAGUUACUCAAACGGAAGUCUAUUGGUGGUACAAUUAAGCCAUUUCGAUUGUGGUGGAAUAGCAAUCAGUGUAUGCCUAUCACACAAGAUUGCUGAUGGAUAUAGUCUCUUGAAAUUCCUCAAGGAUUGGGCUGCUACAACUCGACAUGACUUGGAUUUCAAACCAUCUGCUCAAUUUGAUGCACAUUCUUUCUUCCCACCAGUGGCAAUGAAUGAUCUUCCCGCGGUUAUGCCUGAUAUUCUACGUGAACCUCAACAACGCGUGUCAAGAAUCUACCAUUUCUCAUCCUCUAGUUUGGACACACUCAAGGAUAUUGUUGCAAUGAACUCACAUGUGCUGAAUCCAACUCGAGUUGAAGUUGCCACAGCACUGCUUCAUAAAUGUGGAGCGGCAGUAUCAAUGGCGAAUUUCAGCGUGUUUCAACCAUCUUUAUUGUUACAUAUAAUGAAUUUUCGCCCCCCAUUGCCCCAAAAUACCAUUGGAAACGCUUGUUUUUUCUUUGGCUCGAUAGCAGCGACGGAAGAUGAGAUACAAUUGCCCCACUUCGUUGCUCAACUACGUAAGGCUAAGCAAUAUCUUCAAGACAAGUCGAAGGAUCCACAUCAGCUAGCCUCACAUUUACUUGAAAAAGUCAAAGAGCAAGCAAACAAAUCAGGGGAGAAUAAAUUUGAUUUGUAUAUGUGCAGCAGCUUGUGCAAUUUAGGAGUAUAUAAGAUUGAUUUUGGAUGGGGUGAGCCCAUAAGAGUGACACUUGCAAGAAAUCCAAUGAAGAACAACUUCAUUUUCUUGGAUCCCCCAAAUGGAGACGGGAUAAAUGUGCUAAUCACUUUAACAGAAGCUGAUAUGUUAACAUUUCAGAGUAACAAAGAGCUCCUAGAGUUUGCUUCUCCACUAGUUUAGUAACUCAAUAAGUCUAGUGCCAUAUUUUCUAUAUGUGUGAUCUUCAUACAGUAACUGUGUUUUUAUUUUUCUUGUAUUUUGGGAAAUUUGUGCAAUUGUUCAAAUUAUCGUUUCAAUUCAUUUGUCGUUAUCAA